CGCGCUUGGAGCAGCGUGAAUGUCAUAACAUUCAGCAGAGUGCUUUGCACUUACAGGAGUUUUAUUUAUUGCGUUGUAAUUUAAACAAUUAUUCAAUUUAAUCCCCCUACCUUUUACUCGCAUUUUUAUCAACUGACGUAAAUAGCAAGAGCCGUAUUUAAGGUGGAAAGAAAAGUGAAGCGCAGGCUCCGCUCGAGCGCUUCUCCUCCGCACUAAUGGCAGCUGCAGUGAAAGCGUUAGUGGGGAGUUCACUGGUCACAUCACGGCUCUGUGGCUGUGUCACCUUCAGUAAACGACUCUACUGCAAAUCAGCAAAGAGAGUUAGGGUGCACGAUGCCCUUAAGAGCACAGAGACAGGCUCAACCGUCAGAAUACAGGGAUGGAUACGCUCUGUUCGAUCACAGAAGCACAAUCUCUUUCUACAUAUGAGUGAUGGAAGUUCCCUGCAGCCUCUUCAAGUAGUCGCCAGCUCAGACCUCAACGCCAGAGAUCUCAGCUUUGGCUGUGCUGUCGAUGUUACUGGAAACUUAAAAAAGAGUCCAAGCAAAAAACAGAAUGUGGAAUUACAUGCUAGUCGCAUUGAUGUGGUUGGAGAAUGUAAUCCUGUGGAUUUUCCAUUCAAGAUUAAGGGCCACCAUUCGCUCGAGUACAUUAGACAAUUUCCUCACCUGAGAUGCCGUACAAAUGCCUUCAGUGCGUUGCUCAGGAUACGCAGCCAAGCAACUGACGCCAUUCACUCUUUUUUCAGGGAUAACAACUUUGUGCAAAUUCACACACCGGUGAUUACAUCUAAUGACUGUGAGGGAGCAGGAGAACUCUUUCAAGUAGAACCUGCAGGUAAUGAAUGGAACUUGGAUGAAGAGAAUCCCCAUUUUUUCUCUGUGCCUGCAUACCUAACUGUAUCAGGACAGCUGCACCUGGAAGCGAUGUCAGGGGCUUUUCCUGCUGUUUACACAUUUGGACCAACUUUUCGAGCGGAGAAUUCCCAGACCAGGAGACACUUGGCUGAGUUUUAUAUGGUUGAAGCAGAAAUCGCAUUCACCAAGUCAUUGAAGGACCUCAUGGAGGUUAUGGAAAGUCUGUUCAAAACAACCACAGCCCAUCUGCUCUCUCAUUGUGCAGAGGAUAUGGAAUUAUUUCAUAAAUACAUCUCACCCGGAUAUAUGGAACAAGUGGACCUCAUGAUGAAAAGAAACUUCAAUGUAAUUUCCUAUACAGAGGCGAUUGACGUUUUAAACCGUAGUUUAGAGCAGUUUACCUUCAAACCAGAGUGGGGCUGUGAUCUUCAAACAGAGCAUGAGAAGUACAUAGUGCAGCAUUGUGGGAAUGUCCCAGUCUUCGUGACGGAUUAUCCAUAUGAGCUUAAACCUUUCUAUGCCAGAGACAAUCAAGACCAGCCUCAGCACACAGCAGCUGCAGUAGAUCUCUUGGUGCCUGGUGUGGGGGAGCUGUGUGGAGGUUCUCUCAGAGAAGAAAGGCUAGAGCUUUUAAGGACUCGGCUCGCACAGGCUGGAUUAGAUAACACAUAUGCAUGGUAUCUUCAGCUAAGAGAGUUCGGCUCAGUGCCUCAUGGUGGUUUUGGGAUGGGCUUCGAGAGGUACCUGCAGUGUGUACUGGGAAUUGACAACAUCAAGGAUACUAUUCCGUUCGCAAGGUUUUCACGCUCCUGUGUUUUAUAAAGCAGCCUGGUAUAAAAUUAUAAUAAACUAAAAGAAAGCACUUUGUAUUGUUUCAUAUGUUUUAGCAAAGCAACUGCUUUUGCACGAUGGUACUGGAGAAUUGCUCGUUAAUACACAGAAACAGAUGGUAACGACAGUAAAUUACUCCAGAAUACA